ACACACCUCCCCACCCCUUUCCUCAUCUCAAUCACAAUCUCAAACAACAGCAACAAAGCAAAACUCUAAUUUCAAAUCUGAGAAGAAAAUGGAUUUCAGGCUAAUGGGAUUGGACGCUCCCCUCCUCCACACCCUCCACCACAUGCUCAACGAAGAGGACGGCAGCGACGCCGCCAAAUCAGCAGCCGGCGGCCCCACCCGGACCUACGUCCGCGACGCCAAGGCAAUGGCGGCGACGCCGGCCGACGUCAAGGAGUACACGGGCUCGUACGUGUUCGUGAUCGACAUGCCGGGGCUCAAGUCCGGCGACAUCAAGGUGCAGGUGGAGGAGGACAAUGUGCUCAACAUCAGCGGCGAGAGGAAGAGGGAGGAGGAGGAGGAAGGCGCUAAGUAUGUGAGGAUGGAGCGCAGGAUCGGCAAAUUUAUGAGGAAGUUUGUGCUGCCGGAGAAUGCCGACACGGAUAAGAUCUCCGCCGUUUGCCAGGACGGGGUGCUCACUGUUACGGUGGCGAAGCUGCCGCCGCCGGAGCCCAAGAAGCCCAAAACUAUUGAGGUUAAGAUUGGUUGAGAGGUGGGGGUGGGUGAUGGGCUAUGAAUGGGAGUGUUAAAUAAUGAUGUUUUCUUUUUUUGUUUUGUUCUUUUUGGCUGAUCAAUGUACUGGGCACCUCCUAAAUAUCCUCAAUAUGAGUUUUAUGAGUUUGGUUUCUAA